AUGGAUUCAUAUGAAAGGAAAAAAAAGGAGCUAUAUUUAAAGAGGAAAGAAUUAAAUAUAUAUUAUCACCCUUUAAAGACUAUCAAACUUUUUUUUUUAGAACUAAGAAAUAUAAUAUUAAAUAUAUAUAAAAAAAAUAGAAAAUAUAAUAAAAUAGUAUUAUUAGUUAUAUCAAUUAUAUUGUUAUUAUUAAAAAUCAGACAUAAACAUGCGUACCUAGACAAUUUGAUAAUAUAUGUAGAAGUUAUAAUAUGGUGGCUGUUACUUGGAGUAUUAAGUAGUGUUGGAUUGGGAUGUGGUAUGCAUUCAGGAGUAUUGUUUUUGUUUCCUCAUAUAUAUUUUAUUUGUUCUACGUCUGAAUAUUGCAAUUCAUUGAAUUUCGACUCAAGAAUAAACAUGUGGAAAUCCUUAUUGACGACAGGGAAUUAUUUUGAGUGUAUAUCGAAGGGUGAUGGAAAUGUAACUCUAUUUAAAUUAUUUAUGAAAAUAUAUCCAUAUUGUUUUAUAUGGGGAAUCGGAACAGCAUUAGGAGAGUUACCUCCAUAUAUGACAUCAUUUUAUGCCUCAAAGGCAAAGUUAUAUGACGAUGAUUAUGAAGAAUUUGAAAAGGACAUAAAGGAAGGAAAAAGAAAUAUUGUCACAUCUAUGAAAAAAUGGAUGAUUGAUUUUAUAAAAAAAUACGGAUCAAUUUCUGUUUUUCUCUUAUCUUGCUGGCCUAAUAUAAUGUUUGACCUAUGUGGAAUUUGCUGUGGUCAUUUUUUGAUGCCAUUUGAAAAAUUUUUUAUCCCAUUAGUUUUAGGAAAAGCUGUGGUUAAAACAAUUUUCCAGACAUUAUUUUUAAUCUUUAUAUUUUCAAAUAAUUACAAAGAAAUGCAAUUAUCAAUUUUGAAAAAAGCAUUAUCAAUUUUACCGCUGCAUCGCUUGUUCCCAAAUUUGAAUAUGGCCAACAUUGAAAGCUUUAUAGACAAACAAAUUUCAGUUUUAAAAUACGGGAAAAAGACGAAAUCUAAAAUAAAUUUCAUGUUUUUAUUCAAUAUAUUUUUUUUUUUAGUAAUUAUAUUUUUUUUCAUUUCAUGUAUUAAUCAAAUAGCCCAAAAAUAUCAAAAGAAUCUUGAUGAAAAAGAAUUGAAAAGAUUAUUUAACAAAGAUAAAAUUACACGUGAAAAGAAAAACAAAUAA